GUUUUGACAGUUCCGAGGUUCCGAAAAUCUGAAAUCCGUAAAAGCGAGAUUAUCUUUCUGUGAAGCGUGCUCUGCAAAAUGUCCAGCGGCCAGGCGGAAAAGGGUGAGUUCAAGAUCGCCGAACCGGGCCGCCAGCUGAAGCGAGCGGAGGCCGACUUUAUGCGAUUGAUCGAGCAGCAGAAUCUGCAGCGCGUACAAAAACUACAACGGCAGCGGCGCAAUAACAAACUGACCGGCAUCGCGCUCGGCGGAACCGUCCUCGGUAUCUACCUCUACUCGAUGUUCUCAGUGAAGCAGGAAAAGUUUUUGGAUGAUUUCGAAGAGCCCGUGAAAAUCGAGGUCGAAAACAAGGCCCUGUAG